UGGUGCUGAAUUGUCUCCACUCCCAGUUGAUCUCGCUCAUCCUCUUCAACUCCUCUAAUCCCCUCUCUCCUUCUUUUCUCUUUCUUCACGAUCUACAUCGUCGUUGCUGUCGUUGACGUUGUCGCUGCUUUGUCGGUUCAGAGAGUCCAUUCGUUUGGCUUCACUCCCUUCGCUCCCUCCUAUUCACUCUUUACUUGGUUCCAACUUCACUCUUUUUAGUUGAUACCGUCCUAUCUUUUUUCCUUGGAGUUCUCUGAAGUCUCGAUUCCAUCCCUUACGUAGGUUCAAUCCACGCUCGAUGUCUCGAAUCAAUAUCUAUCUAGGAGUCGAGAUGCUCUACCACUAUUGAACCAAAUAUCUAACAUCAUGUUUCAAUGUAGCCGAGCCAUUCAUUGAUUAUUCGACUGAGCCGAACGAAAUCCCCUGACAUCCGACAUUAACACAAUCAACAAACGAUAAUCUUAAUAUCGUCAGAUCUACACCCAUCAUCACCAAAAACACCGAGAUAUCACCAAUAUGUCUUCUACUUUCAGCAACCUUAUUGCCAGUGGCAAUGUUGUCCUUUCUAGGCGGGACCUUAACAUGGGAGGCGAAUCUGACACCAUCGUCAAUCUCAUGAUUGCUUUUCUUGGCGUCGCUUUCUUCGCCCUUGUUAUGGUAGCUUUGCUAGUUAUGCUACGACGAGCAAGGCGCGAACAACAGCUGCAGAAAGAAACUCUGCCCCAGUACAACGACCUGAAGCACGAUGACUACCAUACUCGUCAUCUGACUAUCCAAACCUCCAACGGCCGACAAAGUAUUCUGGUUGUCAACGGUCGCCCUAUGCUCGCUGACCCGAGUGCGCCACCUUACUCUCCCACCAACGUUCCCGAGAUUCACAUCACCUUCCCCGAUGAGCAGGACGAGGCAGGCCGCCAUAAGAGUGGCCGUGUCGUGGUUGUCCGAGUUGGCGAGACCUCCGUUGGUCUCGAGCCCGUGAAGGAGGAGCAACUACCCGCCUAUGAGAAGGAAAGCAGCACCGGCUUCUACUCUAUCGACAUGGAUCAAAUCGGCGGACUGAAGGAGAAGGAUCGCUCCCAAUUCUCCUAAGCUACAAUUAGCAUGAUCUUUCCGUCGGUAUCACUAAGAUCACAGAUGCUACCCAACUACAACUAACCGACUUCCAAGGGUUAUUAAAAACUGGAUGAUGGUGGAGUAUGGAUGACAUAUAUACAUGCAUGAAUAAUGGUGUACCUAUACAAAGCAGAUGUUUCUAAAUCUUCCUUUUAACCACCUCUAGGAAGAGGUGAGGAAGUGAAGGGACGGGCCACGGACCGCGCGGUGGAGGGCGAACUGGAUGGACAUUUCGUGACUAGUUCAGAGGCUUUAGGUACACGUUGGUCCUUGUAUAUAACGAUACCCUUUGCUUUUUGUCUUCCAUUUUCUAAGGCCACUACGGACAAACUACAAACUACUAGCCUUGCAGUAAGAGGCAAGAGACAGAAACGAAGGCUACUGGGCGCGGUAUAUAUUCUCCCUUGUAUACUACUUAAAGUAAUUCGACUAUACAAACCAACGAUAGCUAUUGUUCCUAGCAGUGCUGAGAGCCUUAGUCAUCUUUUUCAUAUACAUCUCGGGGUCAAGAAUUGUGUCAUCUAUGUAUGUAUCCAUCGUAUUGAAACCACGUGUUACAGGUAGAUAUU